CAGCUGUAAAAAGCAACGAGGAAAAAGACCGCACAUGUGUCAUGUGAACACUGCGCGCGUCUCGUUUACAAACAACGUUGGUCUAUUUUCGGAGUGUUUCGCAGCUGAGUCACAGAAUGGAGUUUAAAAACACAAAAAUAUAUUAUUUCGGAGAUAUCAAUGACGGCUGCUGGUCCGAGAGAACCGAGGUCCACAUGGCAGCGUCGAUGGGUCGGGCUUCACAUCUGCAGCACCUCAUUGCAUGUGGUGUGUCUGUGAACAUUGUGGCCUUGGACUCGUUGACACCCCUGCACGAGGCCUGCAUGCAUGGGCAGGUCCAGUGUGUAGAGUUGCUGCUGGAUGCUGGAGCACUGGUGGAUGUGAGAAAUGACGACGGCAACACUCCACUUUGUGAUGCCUGUGCUGUGGGCAGUUUGGCUUGUGUGAAGCUCUUGCUGGAACGAGGUGCCAAGGUCAACCCUCCUCCGACCUCUCGUACUGCCUCACCACUUCACUUGGCCUGUAUGAGCGGCAACUCGGAAUGCGUAAAGCUCCUGAUUGCUAAGGGUGCUUCACUGGAGGAUUACGACCUUUACUGCGGGACCCCGCUGCAUGUAGCCUGUAAUGAUCAACACACAAACUGUGUGAAAGAGUUGCUCAAUGCAGGCGCCAACGUGAAUGCAGUCCGGUUGCACCGCACCCCGCUCCAUCUCGCUGCAAAAGGUGCGCAAGUGGAGAUGAUCGAGACCCUCAUGGAGUUUGGCGCCAACAUUUACGCCCGGGAUAAACAUGACAAGAAACCCAUCGAUUUCGCCACACCGGUCUCUCCAGUUGCCGCCUGCCUGCGGUCCUACGAAGCCAACCCUUUGAAUCUACAACAACUCAGCAGAUUAGCAGUGCGGCGACAACUGGGAACCAGAGCCCUGAAGGUUGUAGUCCAACUCAAGAUACCAAAGCUGAUUAUCAGCUACCUCUGCUAUCAGUGAUUCGAAGCCUGAAGAUGAUCGUCUUAAGAAACUGGAAACUCGCAAAGAAACAAAGUGCUGAAUGUAUCCAGUAGUUGCAUAUAGUAGUUAGUUAUGUCUGUAUAUUUUAGUUACCUUAAUUUUUGUUUGUGAUUAUUUUACUCUUUGUUUGCUUUUGACGGCGAUAGACGUCCAAUCCGUUCGACUGAUUAAAAUGGGAUGGAUGUCAAUCAACAUCAAUGGCGGCUAAUGAGUAAGGGUAGAAAUUGAUUUUUUUCUAACCACCAGAUUAAGCUAUGUACAUUUGCAAAAUAAGUCUACUCAAUACUGUUUCAUAUACACAUAAAAACUGUUUACUCAAAUUGUGUUUGAUGGGGCA